UGAUCAUGCUUCCAUCGAUGAAAGGUUGCUUAACGUGCCCGCUUGCCCUAAUCUCCUCUUUUCCUCCAAAUUUCUCAAAAUUCUUCAUUCCUUUCUUCCAAUUGCUUCUCAAGAAUCGAAAAUUCUCCUCAUCCUCUGCGUCUCUUCUUCGAUCCUCAGGCAAUUAACAUUAGAAAAUUGAUUCUUUGGUGGGAUAUAUGUUAACCAUGGAAAAUCAGAGCUCUGAAAAGGUGGAAUCUACUACUGCUUUGACGGUAAAGAGUUCAUAAUGAUGAUUCAACAGUUGAGAGUUAUACUAAUCAGAUUUUCAACUCCAUUCCAGCUCUCAGUGAAGCUGCUUCUUAUCUUCAAGAUACAACCUCAUAUUUAACUAGCUGCUUCACUGCCUCCGAUGGUAUACUUGAUGAAGGAAUAGAAUUAAGAACUAUGCCUCCAUCACGAAACCAAGGAUCAUUUUCUAGGGACAACGGGUCGUCAACAAUUGGCUGGUCAAGCUUCUUUGAGCGUCUUGCUGAUGCUAACAUUUCAUCUGUGCAUGUUGGAGAGACAAGUUCAGCAGGAAGUUCAUCUCAAGUUAGAAGUGGAUCUAUGACCUCCACCAGUGGCGUACAGAAUGGCUCUUCAAUUUUUCAAGGCCUCAUUUCCCGAGCCAGAAAAACUGUUCUUGGCUCAGCGGAUGACAUUGGUUGGUUACAGCGUGCCACAAACUUGCCUCCUGUGCAAGAUGGAACAAAGCGAUUUAACCAAUUGCUAGAGAGGAUAAGGAGUGGAGAACAUAAGUUACCGGACUCAUUGGUCUAUUUGUUGGUUCCAGGUCUUUUCAGCAACCAUGGCCCACUUUAUUUUGUUAAUACAAAGUCGUUUUUCUCAAAGAUGGGUUUGGCUUGUCACAUUGCCAAAAUUCACAGUGAGGCUUCGGUUGAGAAAAAUGCCAGAGAAAUCAAAGAAUAUAUUGAAGAAAUUUAUUGGGGCUCAAAGAAACGGGUUUUACUUUUCGGGCACAGCAAAGGAGGAGUUGAUUCAGCAGCUGCAUUAUCUUUAUAUUGGUCGGAUCUGAAAGACAAAGUCGCUGGACUGGUGUUGGCACAGAGCCCCUAUGGAGGAAGCCCAAUUGCUUCAGAUUUAUUACGUGAAGGGCAACUAGGGGAUUAUGUUAAAUUACGGACAUUAACGGAGAUUCUGAUAUGCAAAGUUCUGAAAGGUGACCUACAAGCUUUGGAAGAUUUGACCUAUGAGAAAAGGCGAGAGUUUCUAAACAAGCACCCAUUGCCAACAGAGCUUCCAGUUGUCUCAUUUCACACAGAAACUGGUAUUGCCCCUGGCAUUCUCACCAGUCUUUCUCAUGUUGCACAUGCGGAGCUGCCCAUAGUUGCUCCUCGUGCUGAUAGCCAGCCUACCAAGCUUCCGGUUGUCAUGCCGCUUGCUGCUGCUAUGGCUGCAUGUGCUCAACUCUUGCAGAUCAGAUACAGCGAGAAAAGUGAUGGGUUGGUCACACGCAGGGAUGCUGAAGUUCCUGGAUCAGUUGUGGUUCGUCCAGAUCGCAAACUGGACCAUGCAUGGAUGGUCUACUCUCCUAUGAAUGUUGACAAUAGUGAGACAGAUGCUUCACAUACUUGUGAAGCUCUUCUCACAUUGCUUGUGGAGGUUUCACAAAAGAAAAUGCAUGAGAUUACCAGGAAGAAUGAGUGAUACUUUUCACAAUAGAGAAUGUACAUCAUCAAUCAGUACAUAACUCACCAAUUUUUUUUUUGUUGCCAAUGUCUUGUAGCUCAGAAAUAACAUAUUGGAUUCACUCAGCAUUACUUAGAUUUUCAGUGCUGUGUUGUGCAGUAUUGUGAAUUUUACACUUGUUGAUACAUCAAAUGGAUAUUAUUUCUGUGAUGUUGAAGUAAAGGAAAUUAUUUGUUCUCUCUUCAA